AUGCCGUCAUCAUCAUCAUCAUCAUCAUCAUCAUCAACGCCAUCGUCGACAUCGGUCGGCGCUGGUGCUGCGUCGUCGUCCAUCCAGAGCGGCAAUGGUGGCAGCGCUGGGCUUCUGCAGCGAGAGUCGCGCGUCUUGUUUGGCCUUCUUCCCACCCGGCUCUUCAACGUCCUGUGGCUCUCCAUCUCGUUCUUUGUGCUCUUCUCUGCGUACAACACGCUCCAGAACUACGUCACUUCGCUCCUCCCAGGCAACCUCGGAAACGUAUCGCUCGCCGUCUUGUACUGCACCGUGGCUGCGUCGGUGUUUUCAGCGCCGUUCAUUGUCGCCCGCUUUGGCGAGCGCAAGACGAUGGUCUUUGGCGCGGCGUGCUAUGUGGUGUUUAUGAUCUCGCUGAUUGAGAUUGUCUACGGCGUAGUCGUCUUUUGCUCAAUGAUUAUCGGCUUUGGUGCCGGUAUCCUGUGGGUCGCCGAGGGCAGCUAUCUCACCAAGAACUCACUUGAUUCCGAGCGUGGACGCAACUCUGGCAUGUUCUGGGGCAUUUUCCAGCUGUGCAACGUGCUCGGCAACCUUGUGGCCUUCUUUGUCUUUCAGGCCUUCUCAUCCACCACGCUUUUCGUCAUGUUCACCGUGCUGGGCUCUGCCGGUGUCCUGCUCAUGUGCUUGCUCCGCGCAAUCCCGCCAGAGGUGCAUGCCCUCAAUGUGGCGACCGCCCGCUCGAAAAAGGAGGCGCGUCACCUGUUGCACGCCUCCGAUGGCCAGCGUGGCGCCUACAGCAACCACGCCGACGACGACGAUGACGACGAGGAUGAUGGCGAAUCCACCCUUGCAGACCAAGUCAAGAACAUGACGGCCCGCCAGAUUGCCAGCGAGAUUAUCCAAGUUUUCAAGCAGCCCGGCAUGCUCAUGUUGAUGCCCAUUCUCUUCUGGUGCGGCAUUGAGCUGUCCUUCUGGGCUGGCGAGUUUACGCAAUUGCUCGACUCGAACAUUAUCGGCUUUGUCCUCAUGUUUGCGGGUAUUGGCGACGCUCUGGGCGCAAUCGUCAUUGGCUAUGUUUCCGACAUUAUUGGCCGGUCAGUCACCAUGCUUAUUGGCGUGGCCGUGUAUGCCACGGCGCUUUUCGGCACCAUCACCCUGUACAACCACCCGUACUCUGACAGCGACGUCUGCGUAUCCGGCUACUGCGUGCCAUGGUAUGCCCUCACCUCGGCCUUCUGCUUUGGUGUGGCCGACGCUGUUUUCAACACCCAGGUGACGGCCAUUGUUGGCUCCAUGUUUGCCAAAAAGUCGGUCAGCGCCUUCUGCGUCUACCAGUUUGCACAGAACGUUGGCUCGGCCAUCGGCUUCUUCUAUCCGCUGCUGGUGCCCAUGCACGGUGACGACAAGUCGCUCACGCAAGUUUGGUUGCAGGUUUCGCUCCUGUCCGUCGCCGCCACCCUCUUCAUUUUGGUUGAUCGCUUCCGAUUAAAGUGGCGGCUUGUCAACAUGUCGACCUCAAAGCCCUCGUCGGCUGUUGCUCCGUCCACGCACACUCGCAAUCGCGACGGCUACAUGCCGCUUUCAACCAGCAGCUCGGAUCCAGCCCACGUCGGCGGAGACACUUCAUCGUCGCCCAUCGCAUUUGCGCCAAAGCCCACGCGCUCCAGUGCAGCAUCGCUGGCGUCUUCAACUCGCGUCUCUGGCCAGCACUCUGUCACUGGCGUCAACGCGGCUAUCGACAACGAGUCUGUGGUCAUGGGCGGCUCUGGCUCUGCGUUUGCAAGGCCACCCAGCCGGCAGUCCGCGCAUGGCUCCUUGCCGACCAAUAUUCCGCCCAAUCCGAAUUCGAAUCGCGAGUCUGCCGGUGCUAUCGAUCCCAAGCUCAACGGCAAGGGCGAAAAGGGAGAUUUGCUCGAAACAAUUUUCUCUUCCCCGCCAUUGUUGGCCGCGUUUUCCGCCCACUGCGGGCGCGUCAAUUGCCAGGAGAACGUUGACGUGUGUGUUGCCAUCGACCAAUUCCGAAAAUUGCCCAGCGAUGGCCAGGUGCGGCUAGGCGAGGCGCGUCGUAUCGUUGACACAUUCAUUGUUCCUGGUGGUCCACAACAGGUCAACAUUGAUGCUCGAAUGCAGCAGCGCCUAAUCCAGCUCAUCAACUCGUUGGCCCAGUCUGCCGCCGCCAACCCCGAUGCCACAAUCGACCUCCCGGCAAAUACGUUCGACGGCGUCGACCGGUUGAUUCGCUUUUAUCUUCUCAACGACAUUUGCCCGCGGUUUGUGCUCACUGGCGAGUUCCGGCGAGCCAACUCUCAGUGGCGAGCCGAGUCUUCUCAGCUCCUUCAGUCGUUGUAACCCCCCGCCUGUGCCACGCGCGAUUUUGGACUGCUGUGUUGAUUGAUUUUUUUUUCAAAAUGUUGGUUUUCUUUUUGUUGUGAUUUUUUUUCUUUUCGUGUUUUUCGACUACUCUUUGAUCGAUCGUUUUUUUCCCCUCCAUUUUCUGGAAAG